AAGCGUUCAUUCAGCCAUUACAUUCUCCCUCAGCCAGGUCGAAGCCGCUAACGGUGGAGGACAGUUCGUUAGCAAGCAGACAAAAUGCUUUCUGUGCGAGUUGCAGCAGCGUUGGCCAGAACCCUGCCUAGAAGGGCUGGACUCGUGUCAAAGACUCUGCCAGCUGCCUGCAUUGGGGUCAACCACCUCCACACACACAGACCAUGGCUGCAGAAAACUGGCACAGCAGAGGUGUCCUCUAUCCUGGAGGAGAAGAUCAUGGGAGCAGAUACCUCCGCUGACUUGGAGGAGACGGGACGCGUGCUGUCAAUCGGUGAUGGUAUUGCCAGGGUGUACGGACUGAGGAACGUCCAGGCUGAAGAGAUGGUGGAGUUCUCCUCUGGCCUCAAGGGUAUGUCUCUGAACUUGGAGCCCGACAACGUUGGUGUUGUCGUGUUCGGUAACGACAAGCUGAUCAAAGAAGGUGACAUUGUCAAGAGGACCGGCGCCAUCGUGGACGUCCCUGUCGGCGAAGAGCUGCUUGGCCGUGUGGUGGAUGCUCUGGGAAACGCCAUUGAUGGAAAAGGUCCUCUGGGAUCUAAGACACGUAGGCGUGUAGGUCUGAAGGCCCCUGGUAUCAUCCCUCGUAUCUCUGUGAGGGAGCCCAUGCAGACUGGCAUCAAGGCUGUGGACAGUCUGGUGCCCAUUGGCAGAGGCCAGCGAGAGCUCAUCAUUGGUGACAGGCAGACUGGCAAAACCGCCAUUGCCAUCGACACCAUCAUCAACCAGAAGCGCUUCAACGAGGGCACCGACGAGAAGAAGAAGCUGUACUGCAUCUAUGUGGCCAUCGGACAGAAGAGGUCCACCGUGGCUCAGCUGGUCAAGAGGCUGACGGACGCUGAUGCCAUGAAGUACACCAUUGUGGUCUCGGCCACCGCCUCCGACGCCGCCCCCCUGCAGUACCUGGCCCCAUACUCGGGCUGCUCCAUGGGCGAGUACUUUAGGGACAACGGCAAGCAUGCCCUCAUCAUCUAUGACGAUCUGUCCAAGCAGGCCGUUGCCUACCGUCAGAUGUCACUGCUGCUGCGUCGUCCUCCCGGUCGUGAGGCGUACCCCGGCGACGUCUUCUACCUGCACUCGCGUCUGCUGGAGAGGGCCGCCAAGAUGAACGACAACUUCGGAGGCGGCUCCCUCACGGCUCUCCCGGUCAUCGAGACCCAGGCCGGCGAUGUCUCUGCCUACAUCCCCACCAACGUUAUCUCCAUCACAGACGGACAGAUCUUCUUGGAGACUGAGCUGUUCUACAAGGGUAUCCGUCCUGCCAUCAAUGUGGGUCUGUCUGUGUCCAGAGUGGGUUCUGCUGCCCAGACCAGAGCCAUGAAGCAGGUGGCUGGUACCAUGAAGCUGGAGCUGGCUCAGUACCGUGAGGUGGCCGCUUUUGCUCAGUUCGGUUCCGAUUUGGACGCCGCCACCCAGCAGCUCCUCAACAGGGGUGUCAGGCUCACUGAGCUGCUCAAGCAGGGGCAGUACUCUCCCAUGGCCAUCGAAGAGCAGGUAACUGUCAUCUAUGCCGGGGUCAGGGGUCACCUGGACAAAAUGGAGCCCAGCAAGAUCACAAAGUUUGAGAAGGCUUUCCUGCAGCACAUCCUCAGCCAGCAUCAAGACCUGCUCGCUGCAAUCAAGGCUGACGGCAAGAUCUCGGAGGCAUCCGAUGCUAAACUGAAGCAGAUAGUUCUGAACUUCCUGUCCAGUUUUGAGUAAAAGCAGGCCAGCCUUUGUCUUGUCUUCAGUGUCAGUCCCCCCCCCUCCCAAACAUGACGUCUAUGUAUGUGAACACACCGAGGGCCUCCAUGUACAGAUUUGCCCAAAUAAUAAAAUUUUACAAACCUA